CAAUUCCAAAGGGGCGGCCUUAGCAAGAGGCUUUAAGCUCCACGCUGGGUUCUCCUUAACGCCCUUUCUGAGCUUCCCACUAAGAAAUUACCCGCUUUCGCGAGGGGUUUGAUCCGCCUUGCGUGGCACGAAGCACGAUUUCUCAAUCACAUUAUUUUGAUCAGAAAAUGACAUCUGCUCUGGAAUCUCUUUUUGAAUAUGUGGACAAACAUCAAGACCUUUAUGUGGAGCGUCUAGCUCAGUGGGUCGCAAUACAGAGUGUGUCAGCAUGGCCAGAAAAGCGAGAAGAAAUCAGACGGAUGAUGGAAGUUGCUGCAAAAGACAUUGAACGGCUUGGGGGCACAACUGAAUUGAUAGAUGUCGGGAAGCAGACGUUGCCUGAUGGUAGUAAGAUUCCUUUACCUCCAAUAAUUCUGGGCAAACUUGGCUCAGAUCCUUGCAAAAAAACUGUUUGUGUCUAUGGCCAUUUGGAUGUGCAACCUGCAGCUUUAGAGGAUGGCUGGGACAGCGAACCCUUUGUCUUGAUAGAAAGAGACGGGAAGCUGUAUGGCCGAGGAUCGACAGAUGACAAAGGUCCAGUGCUAGCUUGGCUAAAUGCUCUGGAGGCUUACCAGAAAACCAAACAGGAAAUCCCAGUCAAUGUCAAGUUUUGCUUAGAAGGUAUGGAGGAAUCUGGUUCUGAAGGGCUUGAUGACUUGAUUGUUGCACAAAAAGAUACUUUCUUCAAAGAUGUGGACUACGUGUGUAUCUCUGAUAACUACUGGCUGGGCAAGAAGAAACCCUGCAUCACCUAUGGCCUCAGGGGCAUCUGCUAUUACUUUAUUGAGGUGGAAUGCAGUGACAAAGACCUUCAUUCUGGUGUAUACGGUGGUUCGGUCCACGAAGCAAUGACAGAUCUUAUUGCUUUAAUGGGCUCCUUAGUGGAUAAGAAAGGAAAAAUCCUCAUCCCUGGCGUUUAUGAGACCGUAGCAGCUCUCACAAAUGAGGAGCAGCAACUUUAUGACAAAAUUGACUUUGACUUAAAAGAAUACGCAAAAGAUGUUGGAGCCACAAAACUGCUCCAUGACACAAAGGAAAUGAUUUUGAUGCACAGAUGGCGGUACCCAUCCUUAUCCCUUCAUGGCAUAGAAGGGGCUUUCUCUGGAUCUGGUUGUAAAACUGUGAUACCACGAAAAGUGAUUGGCAAAUUUUCAAUCCGACUAGUGCCAGACAUGACUCCUGAAGUUGUGACUAAGCUGGUUGAAGAUUACUUAUCCAAAAAGUUUGCUGAAUUGCACAGCCCCAACAAAUUCAGUGUAAAGCUGGGCCAUGGUGGAAAGCCUUGGGUGUCAGAUUUCAAUCAUCCCCACUAUAUGGCUGGCAGAAGAGCCAUGAAAACAGUCUUUGGUGUAGAGCCAGACCUGACUCGAGAAGGAGGGAGCAUUCCUGUCACACUGACUUUUCAAGAAGCAACAGGCAAGAAUGUGAUGCUUCUUCCUGUUGGGUCUGCUGAUGACGGAGCCCAUUCUCAGAAUGAGAAACUUAACAGGUACAACUAUAUUCAGGGAGUGAAGCUUCUGGGUGCUUACCUUUAUGAAGUUGCCAAGUUGAAGAACUGAAUCUGAAGCUUUUUUUUUCUUUUUGCAAAUUGUGCUUUGGGAUCUGAAAGAUCAUCAAAGUACAUUACCACAAUCUUGAAAAGUUGCACUAUUUUGUUCCCUUUUCUCCUAGUCUAACUGAUGCCAAUAUACCUGGUAGAAUAUUUUGAAACUCAGUAUAGAGCACUUUAUAACAUUUAAACACGAUAGUUGCUGCUGAUUUUCUUCCUUUUCCAAAAAAAUCAUGUGCUCUAUUCAAGGCAUUAUUCCAACACAGCAACACUCCAAUUUACUUGCUUUCCCUUCCCUUCCAAACAAAGAAGGAUGAAUGGAAUCUGUGGAAAACUUCUAAUGGUUGUGUAAUCUAAGAUAAGAAAGCAGCAGCAAAUGAUCACAUAAUGCCUCACAUUGACUUGCCCCCAAAACAGAAUCUGAGCCCAGUUCUUUGAUCUUAGUGGAAGAAAAUAACAGCUUAUACUUGAACUUGCAAACACAACAAGACCUUCUGGAAGGAUCCAAGAGGAAUGAAAAUAUAGCCAUGGGUGGUGAAAGAGCAAAAGAGGGCCUCCUUUCUCCCUGUGGGACUUAUAGUUGCUUAUUUGCAGAUUUUUCCAAUCUGUGCAGACAUCUCAUGAUAAUAACACAUUGGUAUUUUUCUACAGCAUUCUUUGUACUCCAUGUGGAAAAGCUGCUAAAUAAAUUCAACUUUGAUCUAUCAA